AUGCCUUCGAAAAUCAUAACCCCCCUCUUAAAUCAUCAGAUGGACCUAGUCGUGCAACUAAACGGACUAUCUGUUAGGAUACCGCAUCGUUAUCUAGAAGGGAGUCUAAAAAAUCUCGGCCCCUGUCAUUUCAAUUCUUCGGGUUCCGCAACCUGCAAAAUAUCUUUUGUUGAUCUGACGCAAGGCAAUAGCAAAAGAAAAGGCGCAGAAAGAAAAACAAAAGACUCGACAAUCUCAUCACCGAUCAAUUCUCGCAAACGAUCGUACAGCUCAAUAUCAACGGUUUCUCUUGACGCUUAUGAAUUCUGGGGUCAUGAGCUGUUUCUCUCGGCAAGAUCCCAAUGGUUCCGGGAUUUCUUUGCCAAUCACUACGACCAACAUGGAGUAGAUGACCCGCGAGUUGACUAUGUCGAGGAUGAGAACGGAAGGUGGCUGAGAGUACUUGUAAAUGUACAUGAGCCGGGAAAGAGUCGCAUCGAUGAGCUUUUAUAUUGGAUUUACACGGGUAAUGACGAACGCUGGCUUCGUGAGGCAUUCACACCAAAAAACUAUGCUCUGAUCGCCGAAAAUGUUCGUAUUCUUGGGCUUGAUGCAGAAGCGAUGGCCGUCUGUGCUAGAUAUAAGGCAUCGUUGGUAUGCCCUAGAUGUUUAAUAACUAGAACGGAGAGUGAAAGUGGAAGCGAAGCAGACGAUGGCAGGUGUGAAAGUGAGAUUGGAGGAGAGACGGACAAUAAACGUAGUAUACAGAGCAUCUGUGAGAACGCAAGUGAAAGGAGUGGUGAUCACAUGAGUGAUAUCAAUGUCGAUGAUGUUGAUAUGAGCCAUAUUGAGGAUGAAGAGGAAAGCGAUAUCAACUGA